AUGUUUGCCGGAGUUUGCUAUAAAUUCGGCGACAUUGCGGACUCAAAGAGAAGCAGUAGGAAGGCUGUUGAUUCGGCUAUUUUCGUGGCUCUGACAACAGGACUAGGAAUGUGCGAUGAAGAACGUGCAAAGGAUUUCUACACGGAACUUCGUCAACGUCGACGAUAUAUUUGUAUGCAGCAUUUUCAAGACACGGCCCAAUCGCUCUACGACGAAGUGAUUGCUACACGAGGAAGCUUCCCUGAAAUACCAUCGGAGCUGACUCCCAAGACAAAUAAAGGAACAUGUGCUCGAACUAGACCCUACGACACUGCAGUCUCUUCCGGUGUACUGCAAAGCAUCCGCAGAGUUGCUGAGCGUCUUGACAAAUCGGUGAGGAUCAACCAGAUGGACUUGAUUUCGUAUGUGGCAAAAGCCAAGGAAAAAGGAUAUAUUCGGGACACGGCUCUCGAUUCAAAAUGCUUCGAACCUGUAAGAAAGCUAAAAUGGAGAGAUCCCGAUGAGAUGCCACCCGUUUUGGAAAUGGUCAGUCCUCUCUAA